CCGAUCAUAGGCCCUUUGGACUAGCCAACUUCUAGAAAAAGGGGGUAGGAAGAGAAAAAAAAAUUCUAUCCCCCGCCUUCUCUUCCCUUCCCUCCUCUCCGCUGCCUCCUCCCCUCCACCGGUCCUUCUCCUGUCUCGUCAAUCUCCCCCCUCGGCAUCAAACGAAGCAUAAAUUGGGUUAGACGGGCAGAAAAAAACAACACAACACAAGACAAAACAAAACAAAACAAAACAGAAAAUCACCACAGGUAUCAUGUCGACACACCAAGGCCCAAACCCGCUGCGACCAUAUUACAUUCCCACACCAUCGAUACCUCCACUCAACUCUUCGGCACCAACGCCGGCACCUCUCCCCGUGGCCUCAUACUCGUAUCCGCCCGCACUGACAGAUACGAGAAGCGGCGGUGGUAUACUAGCGGAUUAUUCGGAAUACCUCGAGGAUCAAUCCCCGGAUGAAGUUAUCAAAGGGUGGCUCCAACAGGCUGCGGUACAAUACUCUCUGCGAUUGAUUGGCCAACCGUUUGAGAAUUCCCGGACAUUGCUACAAUGCGAGGCUGUGUCUAAGGGGGCUGGGAAGAGGAUUGUGGAUGAGGAUGAGGAGGAUGUCGAUGAUGUAUACCCCGUCACCCGUUCUGCCAAGCAUUACUGAUUGGCCAUGUGGAUAGUCUGCAAGUGAUGAUUCAGACCCGCCCUACUUUUCGGAAAACGCCGAGGAAGAGCUGGACGGCGGUGGAGUCCCGCGGAUGCGGGGAACACAGAAGACUCCUAGGGCUGGGUACGUUACCGGCGGGGAUCAGGUAGGCAGGGAAGUGCGGGAACAGUGGAUGCUCGAGACUGUACCGGGACGGGUGAACACUGUGGGGGAGAUGCUAAGAGCCUUAUGGAAUAAAGAAGGUUAUGCAGGGGUUUGGAAAGGUACGUUGUUUCUGUGGAAUAGGGGGUGAGUGGGAUAAGUGUUGGGCUGAGAGAAUGGAUAGGUCAGAACGCAACCUUUGUGUAUAACAUUCUUAUGCGGACGUUAGAGAGUUGGACUGGAUCAUUUUUAUCCGCGGUGCUAUCACUUCCGGAUCCGGGAAUGGGAGAGAUUGCGGAUUCGGCUGAUCCGCUAGCGUCACUGGGUGUAGCUGUUGCAGCAUCCACUAUCACAGCGCUAAUUCUGGCACCAAUAGAUAUAGUCCGGACAAGGUGAUCCCUUCUCCCACUCACAUCCUUUCCUCUACCGUAUACAUAUAUUGACCUGAAACAAGACUAGUUAUAACCCCUUCAACCGAGCCGCCCCGGAAUCUCCUCCCAAAUGUCCACUUGCUCCCCUCUUAUACCUGUCCGCCCAGCCUGCUCCUCCCUACUGCCCUCCACGCUGCGCUCCCCUCCUUCAUCUUUCUAGGAACCCCGCACUUCCUCCGAAGCCGCUUCGGCAUAGACCCAGUCGGGAAUCCGACAAUCUUCAGUUUAGUGACCUUCCUAUCCUCUACAGCGGAGCUUAUCGUCCGGCUACCGCUUGAAACCGCCCUCCGGCGUGGCCAAGCCGCCGUUACAAAGCCCAAGAAGACGGUCGUUCCUGUGGGAAGAUACACGGGUGUGUUUGGAACAAUGUGGUCCGUUGCGGGAGAAGAGGGUAGUGGGAGGUAUGGUGUGGAGGGGCUGUAUCGUGGCUGGAGAAUGAGCGUUUGGGCGAGGGUUGGGGUUUUGGGGUUGGGGUUGUUUGGAGUGAGGGGGGAGCCGGGGGAAUUUUGAUUUUACUUGUUCUAGGUGGUAACAUAUGUAUAUAUAUAUAUACAUUAUUUUUUUCUUCAAAAAGCGUCAAUGGAUGGAUGAAUGGCAGGAGGCACGCUGUACAUAUUUUGGGAGGGUGGUUGGGUGUGGUGGCGAGGUGCUGUGGCUAUCCUGGCUGCUUGCGUUCACGCAUCGAUUGAUCAAUUUAAUUCCCUACUCUU